AAGUGGCACCUCACCCCACAACAGCACUGGCCCCACCAGCCCCUUGGAUGACAGGUUGGAGCCGGGUGCUUUGGUGUUCUUCAGCCUGAAGGUUGAUCCGAGAACCCAGAAUAUCAUGGAGAUGGCGGCGGUGAACGGAGACCAUUCCUUCAGGACGCUGAUCCAAACCCCCGAGUCAGUGCUGGCACUGCUCCCCGAGGGCGUCCCCUUGGAGGUGGGGGUGCAGUACCUCCUCUGGCACCUCUCCCUGCUCCCCAGACCCAUCCUCAUCAUCUGGAACUUCUGGGGACUGGAGCUGCCCGCUCUCUUUAAAGCCCUGGAUGCCACGGGCAGGAAAGUGGACUUCUGCCAUGUUGUGUGUGGUUACAUGGAUAUGUUGUCCUUGGUCAAGGACAGGGUGCCCCAGGCCCCUUCCUACAGGCUGAAUAACUUGCUGAGAAGGUACCUGCAGCAGCGACUCGGAGAAGGCGCCCUGGCCAAGGCCAAGGCCUUGCAGAAUCUUUGGGGAGCCCUGGCACUCCCUGUGAGCCUGGAUAUGGAGAUGAUGCUCAUGCACCGCAACGCACAGAGCUACACCCUCCUCUGGCCCUUCGUGCAGGAGAAGCUGCUCAGCAAGAGGGCGGCCAAGGUGCUGGCACAGCGCAACCUCGUCCUCCGGGAUCUGGAAGAGGAGUGAGCACAAUUGUGGGGUGAGCUGAGCUGGCCAGGUCUCAGGUUAACUGCACCAUGGAUGCAGGGACGCAAGGAUGCUCACCAGGAACACAAGGAUGCUCACCAGGGAGGCAGGGAUCUCACCAAGGGUGCAAGGUUGCCCACAAGGAAUGCAGGGAAGCUCUCAGCAGCAUUAAACAGGACUCCCAAACCUUCUCUGCUCCCAGCAUUGGGCUCAAAAGGUUCAGGCCCCUGGGCCAGCUCUAGGGGGAAAAAAUAACCUAAUGGAAUUAACGUCCUUAUAAAA